AUGCCUUCCAUCACGACCACACCACGUCUCUCGAGUAGGCAAACCGUUCGAGUUUUCGAGUCGAACUUUCUAAAGUACCUUUCCAUCUACGAUGGGGUGAUCCGAAACACGAUUACAGAAAACGAGCUUGAUCUAGCAUCUACCGUAUUUGAAGAUCAAGUCAGGCUGGUGCCCAAAACAUCAGACAACACCAAGACCGUCAGCAUGGACCAACUGAAAGCCAUGAUGCAACGUUACCUUCAAUCAGGCACUCGAUUUGAGCUCUUGGAAGUUCAUCUUUUGAAACAAAGUAAGAACCAAAAGAACGGAGACAUUUUCGAUGAUGAGACAGCAUCGUCUACUUUUGACGAUGGCACAAUCAGAAUACAAUACUCAGCUAGACUGGUCAAAGCCAAUGGCGACUCUGAGAUCGGAACCACACGAGUUACCCUCAGUUCCAGUGGCAGAAUACAAUCAGUCGUGGAUGCACCAUCAUCCAAACUGGAUGAAGAAAUGUCUAUCAAUAGUGAUGCUAGUAGCGAAGAGAAUGAGUGUCGCAGCGAAAUCGACAGCUCGGAAUUUCAUCUUCUUGUAGGAUUUGGAUCAUCCAACAAAGCAAAUUCCUCAAUCCUGCUCACACCCGUUUUCAGAUCUCUGUAA